CAUUCAUGAAAAGUUAUGUAAACACAACAAAAGCCGUUAAAGCCACGGUGGCGGCGCCGACAAGGAAGCGGACACACUGCGAGUGCUGAGAGCACAGCGGCAGACAGCGUUACCCUGCCGGAGCGGUCACUCUCUGUUUAAAGUCCUCAGCUGCUCUGGGAAUAAGAGAGAGAGACGGAGAGAGAGAGAGACAGAGAGAGAGAAAGCCUGCUGUGAAAUAAGAGCGACAGUCAGGAAAAUAUGAGGAAAAAACAGAAUGUGAAAAACAGGAAGGCGGAGGAGACGACAGUUGUCCAGGAGUUUGCUGUGGAAAAAAUUAUCCGGAGAAGAGUCAACGAUGGAAAAGUGGAGUACUAUCUGAAGUGGAAAGGCUUCACUGAUGCUGAAAACACUUGGGAGCCAGAAGAUAAUCUGGACUGCCCUGAGCUGAUUGAGGAGUUUCUCAGAAACAUGGCGGUUUCAGGAGAGAGAGAGGACAGCAACUCUCUAGAGCCUGUUAUCCAACCCAAAGAAGAACUAACUGAGCUGGAUGCUGACACAGUCCAUCAGCAGCAGUGUCAGAGUAAGCAGACAGAGAGCAAGACUGGCCAACCAGGUGAUCACGACACGGCGACUGCCGAUAACCGGUCCACUUCCCCAGAGCCAGAGCGCAUCAUCGGCUCUACUGACCGACAUGGAGAGCUCAUGUUUCUCAUCAAAUGGAAAGACACAGACGAUGUGGCCCUGCUGUCAGCCAGGGAGGCCAGUGCAAGAUGGCCCCAGAUGGUUAUUGGUUUCUAUGAGGAUAAACUGACGUGGCAUGGAGAAGAGGAACCGUAAAAAUGAAAGAGGACAAUGCCUCGUGCAAGCUUUUAACAUUUCCCCUCAUUCGCACUUAAGAUGUGUUUUACUGUGUGACUUACCAUGUUGUGAAAGUGUGUGAAUCCCUACACCACUGUGAAACUUGUCUUAGCACACUGAAUUUGUAGAAGUACUGAAUUAUUUGUUGAGAUGCACUGUAAGUCAUUGUUUUGCAAACCAGAUGACAUAGAUAUCAACCGGUUAAACAAUACUGUAUUUUAACUGUAGACUGCUGUUUAGAAAAGUAUGUCAUAUAAUCAGUUUAAUGUGUCUGAAAUUUGACUGCACUUGAAAAGACUAAGGGGAGCACAGCAUGUGCUGUGCCCCAGUCUGAUUGAAUGCUGGUGAUAAAUGGUACAUGAGGACUAGUCACUCAUAUUGUCUGUCUUGGUGAUCUCCCGGUUUUAGCACUUACUAUACUGUGAUUAAGACCAAUAAUCUGUGAGCUUAGAGCUGUAGUUUUCUUCAUUUGCACAUACAAAUGAAAAUGUAGCCUUUAAAACCAGUUUUUCUCGAAAAGUUCCAAUAAUAUGUUGUGCAUAAUGUUCUAUUCCAUCUUGAGAAAGGCGUUUAUGUGUUGCUGUCAGGAUGAUAGUGUUUUUAGUCUGUUUUUCUUUCAUGUUCUCAUGGUAGUCCAUGAAUGGGCAACUCCAGGUGCUUUAAUAAAUGUCAGAUUACCUCAAAAAA